CACUGAGGAGGGCUCGGGUCUCCUCGCGCUUCCGUGCGGGAGGCCCGGGCGCUGCCACUGCGCGUGCGCCCUCAGGCUGGAGGCCUCCUGCGCCCCUCCCCCUGCGGCCGGACUUGGUACGGCCGGGCCGGCGGUUGGUGUCCUCCGCGGCUCAAGCGAGCGGCGGGCUUUUCAAAUCUUAGGAGGAGCGGCGGCGGGCCUGGCAGUGGUGCUGAGAUGGAGGCGCAGACCUUGAGGGGUCCCGAGCUCCGCCUGGCGGGCCUUCCCGCCCAGCAGGACUGCAGCAUUCAAGAAAAAAUAGAUUUAGAAAUUCGAAUGCGAGAAGGAAUAUGGAAACUCCUUUCUCUGAGUACUCAGAAAGACCAGAUCUUGCAUGCAGUUAAGAAUCUCAUGGUAUGCAAUGCUCGAAUAAUGGCUUACACAUUGGAGCUACAGAAAUUAGAAGAACAGGUUGCAAAUCAAACUGGAAGAUGUGAUGCGAAUUUUGAAAGUAAAGAACGAGCGGCAUGUAAAGGAAAGAUUGCCAUAUCAGAUAUUCGAAUACCACUAAUGUGGAAAGACUCUGAUCACUUCAGCAACAAAGAACGAUCACAGCACUAUGCCAUUUUCUGUUUAUUCAAAAUGGGAGCUGAAGUUUUUGAUACUGACAUGGUGAUUGUGGAUAAAACAACCACAGAUAUAUGUUUUGAAAAUGUAACUAUAUUUAAUGAAGCAGGGCCAGACUUUCAGAUAAAGGUAGAAGUAUAUAGCUGCUGUACAGAAGAAUCUUCUAUAACCAACACACCAAAGAAACUAGCCAAGAAGCUGAAGACAUCUAUAAGUAAAGCUACAGGGAAGAAAAUAAAUUCGGUGCUUCAAGAAGAUCAUGAAACAUGCUUGUCCUACAGUUGUGCUAUUUCGGGUACAAAAUAUAAUUUGCUAGCGCAUACUACUCUGACCUUGGAAAGUGCUGAGGAUAGCUUCAAGACCCAUAAUCUGUCCAUUAAUGGAAAUGAGGAGUCUUCAUUUUGGCUUCCCUUAUACGGCAACAUGUGCUGCCGCCUAGUUGCCCAGCCAGCGUGCGUGGCUAAGGAUGCAUUUGCAGGAUUUCUACAUCAGCAGCAAAUGGUAGAAAGCCUGAUUAGUUGGAGAAGGUUGUACUGUGUUUUAAGAGGGGGUAAACUCUAUUGUUUUUAUACACCAGAAGAAAUUGAAGCCAAAGUGGAGCCAACUUUGGUAGUGUCCAUUAACAAGGAAACCAGAAUUCGUGCAAUGGAUAAGGAUGCCAAGAAAAAAAUUCAUAAUUUUUCUGUUAUCAACCCUGUUGCUGGACAGUCUGUAACUCAUAUUUUUGCAGUGGACAGUAGAGAAGAUCUCCAGAAAUGGAUGGAAGCCUUCUGGCAGCAUUUUUUUGAUCUUAGCCAAUGGAAGCAUUGUUGUGAAGAACUUAUGAAAAUUGAGAUUAUGUCACCACGGAAACCACCUUUGUUCUUGACAAAAGAGGCGACCUCAGUCUACCAUGAUAUGAGCAUUGAUUCACCUAUAAAACUUGAAAGUUUAACUGAGACCGUACAAAAAAAACUUGAAGAGACAAAUGGACAGUUUCUUAUUGGUCAGCAGGAAGAACCCUCACCACCUCUUUGGGCCAGCCUCUUUGAUGGUAAUCAUGAAGUGGUUAUCCAGAAAAAGGUGUUAUCUCCUGCAAGCAAGCAGUUACAUGACGGGAAAGGGAAAAAGAGACGUGCUCCCCUUCCUCCUUCUGAUAAAGCUCCAUUCAGCUUAAAAACACAGAGCAACACAGAUCAAUUGGUUAAGGACAACUGGGAAAAAACAAGUGUAUCUUGGGCCUCGCCUUUGGAUACCAAAUUAUCAACCCUAAUGCAUCACUUACAGAAACCAAUGGCUGCUCCUCGAAAACUUCUCCCUGCCAGGAAAAAUAAUUUAACUGAUGGCGAACUCACAGACACUAAAACCAAUUUUGAAGCCAAGCCAGUGCCAGCUCCGAGGCAGAAAUCUAUCAAAGACAUUUUGGAUCCUCGAUCAUGGUUGCAAGCACAAGUAUAGAAAACCCUUAAUGUAUAAAACAUUUAAGAAAAUCUAUAACUGUUAGGCUUAAUUCAGAAGCACUGGUGAUAUAGUAAUACAUAAUUAUGUUGGUAAAUAUGAUAGUGAUUUACAUCAAUAAUGAAUAAGCUAUUAGGUAUAAAAAAUGUUUUAUAAUGAAGAAAUGGAUUUCUCUUUUACUUCUGAUUUUCAGAACGUAAGUGAUUUCCCCAGUAGAGUGCAAGAGGCAGUUUCUAGACAAUAUCCUAAUUGUUGGAAGGGUUAAUUUAUUCCUAAAUUAGUACCAGCAGUGAGCAAGCACUAGGCAGAAGAAGGCAUUAAAAUUUCUUUGGGGAGAGACUGUCUAGUAACUUAAAAUGUGUUAAAUCUGAGCCAUAUUCUCAUUGUGAGAAUUUUAAUACUAAUGGAAUGUUUCAAAAGUUUUAUUUAAACCACAAAUUAUAGAAUCCACCCAAGAAAAUUUCUUCUUAGCAUUCUGGAAUUCUCAUCUAAUGGUUCACUGGCUCUCAUCUAUUGUUUAACUCACUAGUUAACUCACUGACCUUUCAAAUUCCUGGGAUAAAUUUUGGAAUAUUAAAUUCUUCAUCUUUAAAGGGGAUUUAUAAUGUGCUAUUCAAAGUUGCUUCCUUGAUGAGCCCUGAAAUCCUGUUGACAUUAACUCAUAAAGUGAAGCAUAACAUUUAUUAGUUUAGAGAAAAGGUAAAUGAAAUGUUCUUUAUUUCCACUUUUCUAUGCAUGGUGCUAAUUUCCAUUGUGACAUUGGAAUUUGGGGAAGUGAGUAGCUGAUUAACACCUUAAAAUUCAUUUAAUGCUUAUUUAAAAAGCAGAUGGCCGAUUGAAAAAUAUCAGAAAAGUUGGCCAUGAUGAUAAUUUUCAGAAUUAAUCCUUUUAAAACAUUUUAAUUAAAUUUCCUUUUUUCUAGUAAGGGUUGAUGUCUGCUAUUGAUAUUAUUCAUUAAAAGUCAUAUUCUUACAACAAUGACAUUGGAAUCAUUUCCAUAGGAGGUAAUUUCCAUAGCAACUAAUCACAGUGACCCAAACAGGAUUAUGAAAUCAACAGCAAGAGGAUGCAUACCUUAAGGAACCAAAAAAUCCAUUUUUUAAAUAAUAAUGAUUCUUCUAAACAAGAACUGAACAGUUUUAAAAAUCAAAUCAGAAUUUUCAAAUAAAACAGUUUCCAUAAGGUGUCAGCAACAGCACCAAAAAAUGUGAAAUCACACUGAACCCUAAAUGUCAUUGCAAGAAAUAAAAAUUCAAGAAUUAAAUUACUGGCCUGCGUAUAAUCUCUAGAGAUCUUUUUAAAGCUCAUGAGAACUCUAUUUGGAUCAGAACUACAUUAUUACAAAGUAAAAUGAACACUUGACAAAAAAUAACAUUAAUUUAAAUGGAGUCUUUCAUUAUUUUUAGAUAGCAGUCUUUUUUCAUUUAUAGAGAAUGAUGUAACUGCCAGGUUACUUUUGUGUUUCCCCGGGCCUCCUAGUCAGAAUUGCAACUCGAGGGAGUAAUGAUACAAAAGGUCUCUUGUGACCACGAACACCAGGACAGACAUAGUAUUUGAUGAGAAGGAAGCCCCGUAUGCAUGCCUUAGAGGGUGUAGAGACAGUCACGUGUAUGAAAACCUGCAAAGGUAGGAUUAAUUUGUUUUUUCUAACUAGGAGGCUCUCCUCAAUGUCUGUUGUGGUUGCCAAAUCAGUAAAGGGCAUAUUAAAAAUCUACAGGAUAUUA